AUGCUGUCGUCUCUCGGUCGCUGCGCGUUGAGGGCUUUUGAGGGACUCUCCAUCUCUGCGACGACAAGUUCCGCAUUUCAACUGCAACAACGGACGUUCACGAGAAGUGCCGCCUUAUUGAAGAGUAUUCGAGAUGAGCAACGAGCGGGCACGAAAGUCUCCCCAGCACAACAAGAUGCCUUUGAUGGAACAGCCGGCUCGGAGCUUACCGUUCCCGUCAAUCUAAAAGGCGCUGAAAGUCGACUACCCACGGCUGAAACUUACAAGGAGCUCUUCAAUGGCAUCCCUUUCUCCGAUUUGCCGAUGGUUUACAUCAAAGCGACGAAGAACAACACCCUGGUGCAAGCAGUUGAUCCAAAGACGAGAAGUGUGAUCAUGUACACGUCCUGUCGUUUGGAAGGCUUCAAGAAUGCUCGCAAGAAGACGAAUAUUGCUGGACAGACAACUGGAGUGGCGGCAGGACAACGACUCGUGCGUAGAGGAAUUCGAACGGUUCGUGUGCAGGUCAAAGGAAUAGGACCUGGCCGUAUGACAGCAGUGAAAGGAUUGACCGUUGCCGGAGUACAAGUUGUAGCGAUUACCGACUACACACCGCUAAAAGAACUUGGACCAAGACCGAGAAAGAUUAGACGAAUU